AUGUUUGUGGCCUCCAUCCUUGCCUCUGCCCUGCUCUUCAGUUCUGUUGGUUCUGUGCUCAACUGGAAAUGCAACACUGAGCUCGUGAUCAGGGUCACCAGUUCCCUUAUGGACAAUCUGCAGGGUGAUCCAUCCUCAAAGUGCAGCUGCAGCACCAAUGUGACCAGUUGCUUGUGUCUUCCCAUCCCCUCUGACGAUUGUACCACGCCAUGCUUCCAGGAGGGACUGUCACAGCUGACCAAUGCCACACAGAAAACACGAUUCUCAGUCUCUUUCCUCCAGGUGAAAAGGACAGUUGAAGGCUUAAAAAACAACAAGUGUCCGUUUUUCUCCUGUGAGAAGCCAUGCAACCAAACCACAGCAGGCAAUACGUUGUCCUUUCUGAAGAGUCUCCAGGAGACGUCUCAGAAAGCAAGGGCAAAAGUGCCGAAACGCCGAACAUCAAGAUAA